ACGACACAAAGUGCGCAUACAUACCUCGGUACCCCCGCCCCACUAAAGGGCUUCCGCCCCUCAGGGUUAUACUCAAACUCGGUAUUUCUAUAUCUAUGGACACAUCGUCAGCUCACGUUGCUUGAAUCAGAUACUUCUGGCACAUCUCCUCAUUGUAGGAGUUAGCCAUAAGGAAAGGAAGGAAGGAAUCAGAUACUUUAUUGAAGAAGAAUCGCCUAGAACGGUUCAAAGCGUAACGUAACAAACCAAAGAAACAUUCUAAAAGCGUUAUAUAGAAUGAACGGGAUGAAAAGGAUGUUGCCGAAUAUAUUAGUAACAGGAACACCAGGCGUAGGGAAGAGUACAAUGUGUCGAAUUGUAGCUGAGAGAACUGGUUUAACUUGGCUUGAUGUUAGUAAGCUGGCAAUUGACAAUAAAUGCUUGGAGGAAUUUGAUGAGGAGUAUCAGUGUCCUGUUUUAGAUGAGGAUAAGCUUCUUGAUGGUAUGGAAAGUUUAAUGAGCAAGGGUGGAAAAAUUGUGGAUUAUUAUGGAUCAGAUCUCUUCCCUGAACGUUGGUUCGAUAUUGUUUUUGUACUGAGAACAGACAAUACUAUUCUGUACGAUCGUUUGACAGCAAGAGGAUACACAGGGAAAAAGUUGGAGGACAAUAUUAAUUGUGAAAUAUUUCAAACUGCUCUCGAAGAGGCUAAGGAAUCUUACAAGGAAGAAAUUGUUCAUGAACUACAGAGUAAUACAUCAGCUGAUACUGAAGAGAAUGUUCAAAGAAUUUUUCAAUGGUUUGCCCAAUGGAAAAUUGACAACAGAUAAAUUUACAUUUCUUUUUUAUAUUUUACAGCUAUAUUAUUUAUAAAUUACAUUUUCACAUGAACAAUGUAAACCUCAAAAUUUCUUACUAUAUUAUACAAGCACUUCCAACUAAUGCUCA